AUUGUCAUUGCCGUAUCACGUAAACAAACAGCCUAGUUGACACGGAAAAAGAGACCUAAGAAAAAAACUAUCAUCUCAUCCCAAACCCGGUCAAACCCUUAUCAUUUCGAGUACCGGUUAACCCGUCGGUUUCGCUUUUUUUUUUCUUUGAUUCAACCCGUAAUGAUUAAGACGACAAAACCCAUGUUCUGUUUGAAAGUUUUUGCUGCUAUAUGUAUAAUAAUGCGAGUAACAGUUUAGGGAUAAAAUUCUGGUUUUGACAUUUGUCACUUUUCAAUGGAUUCUUCAAUCAAGUCUCUCAAUCCAAACAAACACUUGAAAGAACAAUUUGUGAGCAACCUAACUGGAUCUUCUGUGCUUGAGCUCUUUGUACUUUCUGCAUUAUUCCCUAUGCUUAUUCUGCUGAGACAUACUAUUGGUAUCUGCAAAAUAGAUCAUGUUACCAAUGAAACCUCGUCAAAGAAAAAAGAUUUGCUAACAGUUGCUUCAAAAAAUCAAAGGGUUUACAUCAUCUCAAUGAUAGUAGAUUUCCUCUCCAUUGUUCUUCCGUUAACUUUGUUAUGUACAGUUCUAGCAGAUUGGUCAUAUAUAAAUGGAUUUUUGUUUACAUUGGUGCUUAUUUUUGCUGUCACAGUAAAGAGACAUGGAUCUUCUUGGAAACUGGAAGAAGGGGUUCAUUCCUUUAGGGCAUAUAUCUCAUCCUACAGGGUUACUAUGAUGCUUAUCACAUGCAUUUGUAUUUUGGCCGUUGACUUCAAAAUAUUUCCUAGAAGAUAUGCUAAAACCGAGAUUUAUGGCACUAGUUUGAUGGACCUCGGAGUAGGUGCAUUUGUCUUCGCAAAUUCCUUUGUUUCACGUCAAGCUCGGGGUAUUUCAACAAUGGGUUUGAAAAGUGCGCUGUCCUCUACUAGCCCACUACUGGUUCUAGGCUUCGCUAGAUUUGUCUUCACAACUGGUGUGGACUAUCAGGUUCAUGUGGGAGAAUAUGGUGUUCACUGGAAUUUUUUUUUCACACUUGCUGGUGUAGCAGUCUUGACAUCAGUUAUUAACGUAUCUCCAAAGUAUUGUGGGCUUGUAGGCUCAUCAGUACUGAUAGGUUACCAAGUUUGCCUGAUGCGCGGGUUGAAUGCGUAUCUGCUCUCUCCAGAAAGGGGAACAGACAUUAUUAGCCAAAACAAAGAAGGAAUUUACAGCAUAUUUGGGUAUUGGGGUCUGCAUCUGAUUGGUGUUUGGUUAGGCAACAAUCUUUUGUUUGAGAAGAAUGCCAAUCUGAGAACUAAUAAUUGGGCAAGGAAGCGAGUUUGGGUUCUAUUUAUAUUUUUCUGGUUCUUGACAUUGCUUCUGGACCGUUAUGUUGAAAGACCUUCACGUAGAAUGUGCAAUUUGACAUAUGUUACCUUGAUAUUAGCAACAAACCUAGAGAUGUUGGCGAUACUGAUGCUCUCAGAUUAUAUACCUGGUGGUAAGGUAUCACUGCUGGAACAAGCAAUCAACAGAAACUUACUCGCUUUCUUCAUUGUGGCAAAUUUACUAACAGGGUUAGUCAAUUUAUCAAUGGAUACCCUAUUUGUGCCGCCACUCAUAGCGCUGCUUAUCUUGAUUGUGUAUGCUUUUGUAGUAUGUGUUGCUGCCGCAUUGACAGAUUAUAAUGGCAUUAAGUUUAAGUUUUGGUAAUAGAAAAUUGUUUGUUUUGCUAGAUUUGAAGCAUCUUUUGGCUCGAUUUGGUUCAUUGUUGUAUUUCUUUAUUAUUACCGACACAAAGGUCAUAUAGUCUUCAUUCAUUGAUGUACAUUAAGAUAUAACUCAGUUUCCAUAGAU